UCUUUUAAAUCCCGUGAGAGGUGGUAAGAUGUCAAGAUCCAUUUUCUAAUUCCCCGGACCUCCAUAUUCAUACCACCCCCGUCGGUUGCAGGCUUGAAAGAUACGAAUUUUGAGAAGAAUGAGUGAUCUGAUUUCCACUGCCGAUCCUACUCCAGGAUCGGAAUCAAAGAGCGGUUUUGACACUGCCCGAAUCGCCGAAGUUAAAGCCUGGCUCGCUUCCCAAUUUGAUGCCGCCGGCAAGGACGUUCCGGAAUUCGAAUACACUCCUCGAAGUGUCGCUCAUUUGCAUUCUAUUGGCACUGCCUCCCAAGCCAAGUCCCAGGCCGCCGGAAUCCUUGCCGCCGAUCUCCGACAGAAAGCUCAAGAAUACCGUUCCCAAGCUGCGAGAAUCAGGGAGAUAUUGGAGAGUGCGGGAUUGGCACAAGAGAGUUUGUCGUCGAAUAUUGUUGCAUCAGCACAGGUUCUUGCGAAUGUGGCAAAUUUGUUAAAUAUAAGAGACACAGAAAUGAGUAGUUUUCUUGUAGCAAUGGCGGAUAUUUCUUUGAGGAAGACGGGGGUAGAGGAGAAGAGGGCUAAAGUACAGAAAGAAUCCAAAGUGCUCCUUGACUAUACUCGGAAGGCGAUUGCAAGGCUAACUUAUUUGAAAAGAACGCUUGCACAAUUGGAAGAUGAUGUACCUGCCUGUGAGGCUCAAAUGCUUCAGUGGAAGACAAAUUUGGCAAUUAUGGCAUCGAAAGAGCGGCAAUACUUGCAACAAUAUUCUAAUUAUGGGGCAUUAUUGAAUCGUGUGGGCUACACCCCAGAGAUUAGCCAUGGGGUUUUGGUUGAAAUGGCUGAACAUAAGAAGGAGUUGGAGAAGAUGACAAAGCCUAUCAUGGAUACCUUGAGAAGCUACCAAGAUUUGCCUCCUGAUAAAGCAUUAGCUGCUUUAGCUAUUGAGGAUAAAAGAAGGCAAUAUGCUGCUGCAGAGAAAUACCUUGAAGAAAUUCUACAUUCAGCUCUGGCUACUACAGAAUGAUGUUUUGGUAGACAUACUCUUAUUUAGUGGUGGUGCAUCAAUUCCAUGUAUGCAUUUUUUUAUAUGAACUCAAUAUGGUUUUGUAGCUACUAGUGAGUUUAUCUUUAUUGCAAUAGAGGUGCUUUUGUAGAUAAUGAUGAUUGAUGAGACAGUUACAUAACUUCAACAUAUAGAAGCAGAACAUAUGCAAGAGUGUAUUCACCCAAUGGGCCUUAAACUUUUGAUUCAGUAUGAAUUUACAAAGCCAUUUUGAAUUUUCUUUUA